AUGCAGUUUUUGACUGCAGUAAGUCCACAGUCCUUCUCUACCCCAAGCUGGAAGGUCGAGACCAAGUAUUCAACCCGAGUGCUCACUGGAAACUGGGUGGAAGAGAGGAUGAAGUUCACCAAAGCCCCGGAGGAAACACCUCAGUGCAUUUACAGAAAAGAGUACAUCCCCUUCCCAGGCCACAGACCAGACCAGAUCUCCAGGUGGUAUGGCAAGAAGAGAAUUGAGGGGCUCCCGUACAAACACCUGAUCACGCACCACCAGGAGCCCUCCCACCGCCAUCUGAUCAGCACCUACGAUGACCAUUACAACCGGCACAAUUACAACCCCGACCUGCCCGCGCAUCGCACCUGGAGUGGACAUAAGAUGCUGUGGCUCCCAGAGAAAUCCGACUUCCCCCUUCUCGCUCCCCCUACAAACUAUGGACUCCGUGAACAGCUGCAGCAGAGAUGGCUCACACCCAAGGCUGCCCCGAGGGAGAGCAUUUACACCUCAUCCUACCCCAGACCACCACCCUAUGCUUUGUCCCGGCGGGAACAUGCCAUCCCCGUCCCUCCCCCUCGUCUGCACCCUGUCCCACGCUUCUGAGAGCUGCCAGGCCCUGGGCAAU